AUGCCAAAAUUUCUGUGCGUGAAAGCAGUUAUUUUCUUUUCGUUUUGGCAAGGAUUCACACUUUCAAUACUGGUAUCUUUAGGAAUUAUUCAUGAUACUGACAAUGGAACUGCUGAGAGUUUCUCGGUAUCCAUUCAGGAUUUCUUAAUAACAAUUGAAAUGUUGUUUGCAUCUUUUGCACAUUACUACGCAUUUUCUUAUAAAGAUUAUAUUGAUUCAAGCGUUCGAUCAGGUCGUAUGCCAAUUAAAUAUGCAUUCAAAGAUUGUAUGGGCUUUAGAGAUGUAAUUGAAGACACUUUACAAACAAUUCGAGGUUCACGAUUUACUUAUCGAACUUUUGAACCUGCUGAAGGCAUGGCUCAUAUUGGACCUAGCCGCACUGCAAGGAUUAUGGCCGGUCUAAGAUUUACUGGUGGUGGUGCUGGAAAAUAUUGGCUUCCUGGACCUAAUCAACGAACGACACUGUUAUCAGAACAGAGCGAUGAUGAUAAAAGGAGUCUAAAUUUUCCUGAUCCAGAUACGGAUGAUGAGAUUGAGGCAAUGUAUGAUCAUAGCAGGAAAUUAGGAAAAUAUGGAGACUACAAUUUCCCAGUAAUAUAUUCGAAUGACUAUUCUAAUCGACCAGUAAAACCAAAAAGAAAACGUACCAUGUCUAAAAGGAAGCGAAAGGGAAAAGGUAGGGCUCAAGAUAUUUUUGAUGCAGAAGAUAAAUCAGAGGAGGAUGUUGAAAGUGGAUUAGGUAUAAAAUCUGAUAGAAAAGAACGACAAUUAAGUGAUCUUCCACCAUUCAGAGAAGGAUGUGUUGAUCUCGUUAAAGAAGUUCCUGAUGGACAUGGAAAGCGGUAUGAGAGUUAUGCUAAUAGGAUAGGAACAUCUCUUCCCGUAUCGUCAACAAAACCUUUAAUAACGCAACCAUAUGCAUCUGCAUCAAUGAGAGAUCCAUUUAUACAAAUUCCAACUUCUUAUAAUACUACUCCAAUACAAAUUAAAGGAAUUACUGCACAUGAAGAAUCUGGAUCAGACGAAGAUGAAAAUGAUGACCCUCUUCGUACAAAUCGUGCAAAUUUUAGCACGUCAAUAAAGUCUUUGGAGAAGAAUAUUUGGAAUGAUGAUAUCUGGAAGUAA